AUGUAAAUACAGUUUCAUUAACAUAAAAGUCAACUAUAGUAAUAGGAAUAAAUAGAAAAUUUAAUAAAUUUUCUUGAUCCAUUCUAAGAUAUCACUGAUUAUUUAUUUAUCUUCUCCUACACAUGUUACUAUAUAUUAAAUUCUUCCUAUCUAUAAUAAUAUUAAAAAUAAUUUAAUUAAGAUUCAAAAGGAGAUUCAGAAGAAUUAAAAGAGUUUAAAAAUGGUAUUUUAAAUUACUUUUUGGAUGCUUACUAAAAGAAUAUUAGUGAUAAAUUCAUAUCUUUGGCUUAAUUUUCAAUUUUAAAUCCAAAAUAUUUAGUUAGCUCUCUCUAUUUUUUAAAAAAUAGGAAGGAUAACAAUUAGUAGAAUAGUUCAGUGGCUCAUCUAAAAUACUUGGAGAAAAACUAGGUAUUAAUGGAAAUACAAAAUAAACUCAUAAUUUAAGUUAAUGUAAAUAUCUAUUAGAAAUAGAUAAAUACUUAAAAGAAGAAGACAUUUAAUUAUAAGAAAAUCCUUUAACUUGGUGGCAAGCUAAUAAAUUGUUUUAUCCUAACAUAUGAUGCAAGUUAGCUAUGCAGUAUUUAGUAAUAUCUGCAAUUAGUGUGUCUGCAGAAUGCCUUUUUCUAAAGCAGGGAAUUUAAUAACAUAAAAAAGAAAUAGAUUAUUAAGAAGUACAAUCAAUUAAUUAUUAUUUUUAUAAUAUAAUAAAGUUUAGUUUUUAUGAUAUUAUGA